AUGUCCUUCCUCUCUGAUGGUGAUGCUGUGCCAAAACGCGCCUUCCCCACUCAAACAAUGAAUGGAGCCCGACAAGCAGAGGAUGCUGCUAUACAAACUGCAUUUAGGAACGCUACUCCAUUUAUCAUGCAACUGCUUCUGGCUGAGAUUGAGAAACUUGAUGCUUCCGGAGAUGGGCAAACUGAUGAAACCUAUGCAGAAAGCCUGGCUGAACUGAAACAUGCCGUCGAGCUGAUACGCAAGCCAAGAGGCAAUAAGCAAUUGGCAAGGUUAUAA